GCUGCCUUGCAGUACGGGACCGGGCGCCUCAGCGACUACCAGCCCCGCGCCUGCUGAGCGUCUCUGCAGGCCGAAUCAGUGGUCUUGAUGGUCUUCCAAAGGUUCCAGAAAUCACCUUCGACGAGAUGGAGAUAGCUUUUGCCGGUUGUGCAAAUUUGUGUGUAUACAUGUUUGGCGUGGCCUACGCUCUCCAGCAGGCCCCAGGGAGUCAGAGAGUGCGAUGGAAGUGUUCCGGCGCGUCCAGCGGAGCUUUUGUCGCUGCGCCCUUUGCAAUGGGCCUGGACUGCGCCAAGGUAGUGUUGAACGUGCACGAGCGAUUUGUACAGGAGCGGACUCGCCUUGGAGGCUGCGUUGGCGCAUAUUCAAAGAACGUUCGAGAAAUUCUGUGCGAUGAAAUACGGGCGGCUCAAGCAGGCGGACGGGAUCCGCUGAAAUCGGCUGCCGGGAGUCUGAAUGUGAGCGUCACAUGUUUUCGCCCAGUCCCAACCCAUGCUGUUGUCUCUGAGUUUAGCUCGGAGCAGGAGUUGCUUGACGCCAUCUUAGCGUCAUGCUACAUCCCAAUCGCAUACGAAGAUCCUGUAGUGCUCAAAAAUCUCGGGUUUUGUGUUGAUGGAUGUGUUUGUUCGUUUCUUCCAAAUGCGAAGUGUGUCGUGUCGCCUUACCACUGCCACCUUGGGGACAUUGCGCCCGCUCAAGAGUACGACGGCUCGUUGGUCUUUAACCUGUUGCAUGGACAGGAUGUGCUCCGACUGUUUGAGGAUGGGUACUUGGACUGUGUGAAAUGGCUAGACGCUGGUGCCCCUUCAAAUGCUGGCAAGAGGGCUCGGCAGUUCUAUGGUUCAAGCACAAAAUCGCUUCAGGCCCUAUUGUUUCAGGGCUUACGUGUGUUCCUGAACAUGGCAGGCUUUUGCCAACGGCCUGCGUCCAAAGUAUGA